CGACUCAAAACCGACGCUCAACAAUUUCUCAACUGACGAUGACGAAAUUUCGGCCAUUUUGUAAUUGACCGUCCUACUGUCUACACAGUUCUACAAUGGCGGACGCAGCUCCAGCCGGUGGACGUGGCGGUUUCCGCGGUGGCUUUGGUUCUCGUGGUGGUGACAGAGGUCGCGGCGGUCCACGAGGCCGGGGACGUGGUCGUGGACGCGGCCGCGGUCGUGGAAAGGAAGACCAAAAGGAAUGGGUGCCUGUCACCAAACUUGGACGCUUAGUACGCGAAGGAAAAAUUGACAAGCUCGAGAGCAUCUACCUAUUCUCUUUGCCUAUCAAGGAAUUCGAGAUCAUCGAUUUCUUCCUCGGUGCUUCUUUGAAUGAUGAGGUACUCAAGAUCAUGCCAGUACAGAAACAAACUCGUGCCGGUCAGCGCACCCGUUUUAAGGCGUUCGUUGCCAUUGGUGACAACAACGGCCACAUUGGUCUCGGUGUCAAAUGCAGCAAGGAAGUGGCAACAGCUAUCCGAGGUGCAAUCAUCCUCGCCAAGUUGUCUGUACUCCCAGUCCGCAGAGGUUACUGGGGUAACAAGAUUGGAAAACCGCACACCGUACCUUGCAAGGUCACUGGAAAGUGUGGAUCUGUCACUGUAAGGCUGAUCCCUGCUCCCCGUGGUACUGGUAUUGUGUCUGCUCCAGUUCCUAAGAAGCUGCUUCAGAUGGCUGGUGUACAAGACUGCUAUACAUCAGCUCGUGGUUCUACUGGUACGCUGGGUAACUUUGCUAAAGCCACUUAUGCGGCUAUCGCAAAGACCUAUGCUUACUUGACACCUGACUUGUGGCGUGAUAUCCCACUGACCAAGUCACCAUAUUCGGAAUUAAAAGUUUAAACUAACAAAAAUAAAAGUUUGAAAACU